AUGCGCUAUUAUAGUUCUGGCAAAACGGGGAGAUAUAUUAUAUUUCUAUGUUUGUGCGUGGUGGAGUUGUUUCUGUAUUUUUCACGUGAUCUCUGCCUUCCCAUAGCUAGGUGGACCAGUCAUAGUCAGGACAUUAAUCUGCAGAUAGCUAGGUGGACCAGUCAUAGUCAGUACAUUCAUCUUCAGAUAGCUAGGUGGACCAGUCAUAGUCAGGACAUUCAUCUUCAGACAGCUAGGUGGACCAGUCAUAGUCAGGACAUUCAUCUUCAGACAGCUAGGUGGACCAGUCAUAGUCAGGACAUUAAUCUUCAGACAGCUAGGUGGACCAGUCAUAGUCAGGACAUUCAUCUUCAGACAGCUAGGUGGACCAGUCAUAGUCAGGACAUUAAUCUUCAGACAGCUAGGUGGACCAGUCAUAGUCAGGACAUUCAUCUUCAGACAGCUAGGUGGACCAGUCAUAGUCAGGACAUUAAUCUUCAGAUAGCUAGGUGGACCAGUCAUAGUCAGGACAUUCAUCUUCAGACAGCUAGGUGGACCAGUCAUAGUCAGGACAUUCAUCUUCAGACAGCUAGGUGGACCAGUCAUAGUCAGGACAUUCAUCUUCAGACAGCUAGGUGGACCAGUCAUAGUCAGUACAUUCAUCUUCAGAUAGCUAGGUGGACCAGUCAUAGUCAGGACAUUCAUCUUCAGACAGCUAGGUGGACCAGUCAUAGUCAGGACAUUCAUCUUCAGAUAGCUAGGUGGACCAGUCAUAGUCAGGACAUUAAUCUUCAGAUAGCUAGGUGGACCAGUCAUAGUCAGGACAUUAAUCUUCAGAUAGCUAGGUGGACCAGUCAUAGUCAGGACAUUCAUCUUCAGAUAGCUAGGUGGACCAGUCAUAGUCAGGACAUUAAUCUUCAGACAGCUAGGUGAGAUGACCACAUAUCUCAGUCCAUAGUAAGCACAUUUUCCCCUCUACCAGUGGAUUCUGAACCUCGUGACUCACUUCCAUGUAUUUUAACUAUUCCAGAGUCUGUCUCGGAACUCUUGUUAUCCAAUUACCAAGCCCUGAUUCUGGUGAGCAAGUUCAGGGCUACAACAAAAUGUGGAGAAGUCGGGGUCCCCGAAGGAGAGAAACCACUGCUCUAGUCUAACUGGAUUCCCAGUCCGGAUCUGUGAAUCCACACCACAUCUUGGCUCUGUCUGAAAAUGUUAAUUGCUGUGAAAUGUUUCCUUCCUCAAUUCCUUUCUAAGCUCAUUUGACGAGGAGGUCCGAGGGAGGGACAUUGGAUCCUCUCCUCCAAUGGGCUUUGAGAGGAAUUUUUAGGAAAUGUUGUCAACCAAUCCACUUACCCUCUUUUCCCACAGCUCACAUCUACAGUCCUUGCUGUAUGUCUUAACAAAAUCUACACGCUCAGAAUGGAAGUCUGUCUCUCAUUGUGCUGGAUAGAAAACACAGAUGUGUUACAGUGAGAAAGAAGCGCAUGAUGCCCAUACGAGGGUAAAUGACCAUGUUGAGUCCUGUCUGAGAAGGUUGUAAAGUCCUGGUUCUCUAGUGGUUGUCGGUUUUGUGGUUCCGUGAGUGCUGCAAGGCAGGCCCGAUGUUGCUUGUUCCCAUGGUUACUGUACUGCACGGUAUAGCACAGAUGAGACACACACACACUAGUAAGUAUCCCUUUCACAGUGUUUAAUGAGUAGUCAGCACUCCUCCUUGACUCUGUGUCCCUGGCCUAUACAGCAGGCCCUCCCUAUCUGGCAAACAUGGUAAUUAUGAAGUUAAAAAAAAUGUUGAAAUGACCAAAGAGCUACUUAUUUUGGUGGGGAGGGAGGGAUAGAUGGAGGACAGAUUAAGAGAGGUGGUGCUCUGUAAAGAGAACUCUAUUUCAGUAAUGUGUUCUGACUGGGGCUUUCAGCUGGACGGGGGCUUUCAGCUGGACGGGGGCUUUCAGCUGGACGGGGGCUUUCAGCUGACCCGGGGCUUUCAGCUGACCUGGGGCUUUCAGC